AUGUAUCCACUCCUUCUCCUGAUGGCAGCUAUCGCCAUCGCCACACAAGAUCUGCCUCAGCUGCUCCUCCCUACUGCUUCGCCAAUCACCACCGAGUCGGAUCCAUACCAAUGCGCUACAGAAUACCUCCCAGAAUACUUCGAGACAUCGCAGCCUCCACAACCCACCGGCGCCCUCUCCUCUGCACUCCUCUCAUGGGGCCACCAUCUCAACUCAGAGGAGCCAUGCACCUUCACCGGCACCAAGCGCCUAAUUUGCCCCUUCCCAGCACCAUCACGAUGGUGUGCCUUCACAACAGCAGCACCAACCAACAUGCUACCUGCCUGGUCCUCAUACGGCAGCUCUGCGUCGUCCUGGUGGGAUGAACAUAGCUCCUCUGCUGUCUCCCUCGCUCAACUCUGCCCGAGUGGAUGGUACAAUGCCAUGUGGCGCACACCCGGAGGGCGCACCGAGCUGAACAGAACUCUCAUCAUGAGCCAAUGCUACGAAGAAGCACUCACCACUGCAUCCACGAUUACUCCCACGGAACCUGCGACAACAUCUGUGCCCGAACGGACGAGAAAUUCGCCGGCGGUAACGAUUACGAGCGGUCCAUCCACCAUCCCUGGGACAGUCCUUGAUAUCAACGGCUCUGGAAGGAAUGGGCCUGCAUUGCUGCUCCUCGGCCUGCUCACGGCGAUCACUCUCUUGAAACAGAUGACCGGCGGCCCUUGUUGA